AUGGACUCGUCUCCUUUCAUAGAUAACCCAGCCAAUAAGAGUGGUGGGGGCUCAAGAUAUGGGUCACCUUUCAGAAGAAUCAGUUUCAAUUCUGUUAAUGGUCUUGGUUCUGACGCUGGUACUGCUGUCGUUGGUGGUUCAGGAAAUGAUCAAAAUAAGGUCGAUGAGCUCAAAUCAGAAGUAAAUUCACUAAAUUUUGUUGUUAGUGAUCUAAGGAAUCAGAUUGAGUUGAAUAAGAUAGAGUCUGAGCAAAAAGUUAAUGAUUUAAUGAAAGAGCUUUCCCAACAACAUUUGAAAAAUGAUAAUUUAUCUUCUGAUCAAGUCUUUAUAUACAAUCAAAACAAAGAAUUGAAUUCUAAAUUGGCUCAUAUACAAGAAAAUUUCACAGGUGAAAGAUCUAAAUAUGAAAAUGAAAUCAAAGAUUUGAAAAAUGAAUUAUUUCAAUUUAAGAAACAAUACGAUGAAGUACAAACAGAAUCCAAAUACAAAUUUUCUCAGAUGGAACAAGAGCAACACAACAAUGAGCUUCAAAUUCAAAAUCUUAAUACAUUGAAUUCUAAUAUUUCUGAUGAACUCACAGCAAAAGAUGAAAUGAUCAGAAAACUAAAGCUCAAGAUGAAUGAGCAGAUGUCUACAAUUGAGAAAUUGAACUCAGAUUUGAUGUCAAUACCGUCAAAAGAUGAGAUUGCCUCAGUGCAGACGAUUAACAAGCAACUUUCAGAACAAGUCACAUAUAUACAAGAACUAGAACUGAAGAAUUUAACCCAAGCUGAACAAAUUAAAAAACUUACAUUAAACAAGCAAAAUACAGAAAUUUUAAAAGAAGAAAAAGCUGCAUUGACUAAAAAAUUGACAAAGAUUGACGAGUUGAAUGAUACUAUAAAUGACCUUAAUCUGCAGUUAUUGAAUUUACAACAAGAAAAUGCAAAAUGGAAAGUAUAUUUAAAUGAAGAAGAUGACGUUAAAAUUGAAGAAUUCGUGAAAAAUUACGCCUUACUUAAAGAAGAGAACAUUUUAUUACAAAAUAAUUUCAAUCAAACUGAGAAUGAACUGAAAAAUAGCAAGAAUUUAUACAAUGAACUAUUUAUAACUCAUGAAUCAUUAUCUAAAAACUUCAAUACUUUAUCUAAAAACUAUGAAAAUAUUGGAAAACUAAAUAAUGAACUUGAACAACAAAAAUCAUUAGCUUUUGAAGAAUCAAACUUUUUAAGAGAACAAUUGAAAAACCUAGAUCAAGAACUUUCAUUAAAUGAAGAUGACAAAAAUAAAUAUAUCCAAAAUUUGGAAGGUUUAGUUGAUGAAUAUAAAACAAAAAUUGAUGAUUUGACGAAAAAGAUUCCAAAAGAAGUUUCAAAUAAAAGACAAAGAACUGAAGAGGAUGAAGCUAAAGAUGAAGAUACUACAAGAAAUUUCCAAAAAUCUGUUAGUAGAUUAGAAGAUGAAAACUUUAAUCUAAAUAAUAAAAUAUCUAAACUGUUGAAUGAAAACUCUGUCUUGAUAAAAAAGUUACAAUCAUUAGAAGAAAUCAAAGAGAAAAAGGUUAGAAUAUUACAGCUUAGAAAUAAUCCUUUCUUGAAUGAUCAAUUUGUUAAAAAGGAGUUACUUGAAGCUUUAACAAAAGAAAAUAACGACCUUUUACAAAAAACACCAUUAGGUGAAACAAUACCCAAAUCACUUUAUGAACGUUCACAGCUAGAAAAUCAAGGUCUUGAUCGUAAAAUUAAUGAAUUAAACAAACGUAUACAAAGAUUACGUGAAAUUUUCAGUGCAAAAUCGUUAGAGUUCAUUGAUGCUGUUUAUUCAUUGCUAGGAUUUAAAUUAGAAUUUUUACCUUCCAACAAGAUCAAACUGAUAUCCAAAUACACCAAGAAUGAUAAAAACUGUCUUUUGAUAGAUCCAGUAAAGCAAACUUUCAAAACAAGUAAACAUAAUGAUGAAGAUGAUGUGUUUUUCCAAAUUUGUGAUAACUUGAUUGAUUUUUGGAUCAAAGAAAAGAAUGAUAUUCCAUGCUUUUUGGCCGCUUUGACACUUGAAUUGUUUGAAAAAAACCAAUCAACUGAUCAAUAG